AUGUUUCGUCGAAAAAUGCAACUUGGGUUUCUUGAUACAAUUGCACUAUCGAAUGCCGCGCGAAGCAUCGGCGACAACGAACAAGCUGUUCCUGAUCAAGAAGAUUUGAAAAUGAAAAUUAUCGAUUGGAGUGGAUCGAUUCGGGGCGCAAUCACAGACAAUCCAACAUUUUUACCGGAGACAGAUGACGAAGAAGAUGCUAUUGCGAAAGAAAAAGAAGGAGAUUUUGUUCAACGGGACAAAGAAAUUUGGCAUCAUCGCAAUGGAGCGGCUCUUCAACGACAGAAACAGGCCGAAAAGAUGCUCGAAAAAUCUAAAAACAGAUUUGGUGCUGUUGAGGUCGGACAAACUGUUCGUUUGCCAAUCGAUGCAGUGGAUCGUCCGAAAAUCGGCCAUUCAACGCUCUUCGGUGUCGUCAUGGAAGAAAACCAGGGAUUCUAUCAAAUCGGCACCGCCAACGGUAUUCUACAGCAAAGAUUGACAAGGAAUCAAUUUGAGCCCGCCAAUAAUAACUUCCUUUCGUUCGAAGAAGUGCCA